UCAUCGUCUCACUCAUCGUCGCACUCAUCGUCGCACUCAUCGUCUCACUCAUCGUCGCACUCAUCGUCUCACUCAUCGCCGCACUACUCUCCGUCUUUUUGGCCCCCGCCCCCGGAAGAGCAACACCACUCGGACGAAGUGCCAACGAAGCUAAGGAGCAAACUUAUAAUCAAAUUCAAGCAACAGGAAAACGCACCACAGUUUGCUCCGAUGAAAGAGAACUUGGUGAAGCUCCUGGGGUCCUGCGGGAGAGUGCAGAAGUUGAGCCACGUGGACCUUUACCUUUACGAGACCUUUCCAAAGAUCAGCGAGAGGGCGUUAGGGAAGUGUCUGCAGCUGUUGAGCAGUGCGCGCGUGCUGGUGGAGCAGGACCAGCAGAUAUAUCCCGUCGAGGGGGGGUGCUCCACGGGCGGUGCGAGAGGUACAGGAGGUAGGAGCGGCAAGAGCGUUACUGGAGGUAGAACCCCCCCCGGCAGCGAGGCCACCUUUCAGCCGAACAACCAGCUGCCGUUUAAAAAGUUCUUGAGCAGACUCCAAAGCGACUGCAAGGGAACGAACAUCAUCAAGGGGUACGACCAGACGAAGAUGAAGGAGGGCACGGAGCUGUCAGAGCCUCACGAGCGGAGCGACGUAAACGUGUGCAUCGUAGACACGGGCGUUGACUACAACCACCAGGAUUUGCAGGGCAACGUCGUGCAUGUGAAGCACGGCAGGGAUGGAAGCGGGGAUGGAAGCGGGGGUGGCGGCGGUUGCGAUGGAGGCGGUUGCGACUUCGCCCGCGGAAUGGACAACCACGGGCACGGGACGUUCAUAGCGGGGAUCAUCGCGGGGAACUCGCAGAGAGACAGCCAGGGAAUCAAAGGGAUCUGCAGGAGGGCCAAGCUGACCAUCUGCAAGGCACUCAACAGUAAAAACGCCGGCUUCGUCAGCGACAUUUUGAACUGCUUCAAUUUCUGCGCUUCUAAAGAGGCAAAAAUUAUAAACGCCAGUUUUGCAAGCACAAAGAAUUACCCCUCGUUGUUUGAGGCUCUGAAGACACUAGAGCAAAAAAACAUCCUCGUCGUCUCAUCCUCCGGCAACUGCUGCCCCACAGCAGAAUCUAAAAAUACCUUUACAGAGUGUAACCUGGACGUUAUGAGGGUAUACCCUACGGCCUACUCUACGAACCUACGUAACCUCAUCACCGUCUCAAAUAUGGUUCAGCACGAAAAUGGGCUUGUCACCUUAUCACCUGACUCUUGCUACAGCUCUAAUUACGUCCACCUGGCUGCCCCCGGAGACGAUAUAAUUUCGACUUUUCCACAGAACAAAUAUGCCAUCAGCAGUGGUUCCUCCUUUUCCGCUGCUGUGGUUACGGGUUUGGCUGCCCUGGUACUCUCCAUCAAGGGGGGGUUGAGCUACGAGGAGGUGAUUCGCCUGCUGCGGGGCUCCAUUGUGCAAACGGAGUCCCUCCGGAGCAAGGUGAAGUGGGGGGGCUUCCUGGACGUGCGCCACCUGGUCAGCGCGGCCAUCGCGCUUUCGCGUGCAAGCGGCCCAGCGGCGACGCCCUCCCGCUAG